AUGAUUCAGUUGUUGUUCUUGGUGCUUUUUGUGGAGGGUGCUAUGGCAUUUCUUCUGUUGGUGAAGAUUGGGCCGUUGAGAGAUCUUGUUAUUAAGACAGUGGAUCAGAUGAAGAUGGGGAAGGGUCCUGCUACAGUGAAGACCAUUGCUGGCACCAUGUCUGUGAUUCUCUUCUCAAGCCUUAUGAGCAUUGUUAAGAUCCAGAACAAAGGUGCCAAGCUUGGUACCAUGUCACCCAUGGAUCAAGUUCUAUGGAGGACCCACUUGCUGGAGGCUUCACUCAUGGGUUUUACAUUAUUCCUUGGCUUCAUAAUUGAUCGCGUACAUCAUUAUCUCCAAAAGCUUAACAAGUUAAGGAGUAAUGCAGGAGCUUCUAAAGAAGAACAGGAAAGCCUUGAGAAAGAGAAAGUUGAGCUUAAAGAAAAGGAAGAGAAAGCUUCCAAGGAGAUAAUGCAACUAAAGGAUCAAAUUUCUGGUCUUUCAGAAAGUUUGAAGAAGACAAAGGUGGAAUGUGAAGAGAAGGACAAAAGAGUUGAGACUGCUGAAGCUCAUGUUACUUCCCUCCAAAAGCAAGCUGCAGAUCUACUACUUGAAUAUGACAGGCUCUUGGAGGAGAACCAAAAUCUUCAGGCUCAAGCACUAAGGCACAAGAAUUGA